GCUGCCUAAUCAGACAAGAUCUGGUUAUGACGACGCCGGAGCUGCCAACGCACCUCCUCGAGAAGAUCGUCUGCAACCUCGACGACUCGACGUCCUUCUUCUCGGCGCUGAACGAGCUACCUUGCACUGGCAGAAGCCCGUUCCUCGCUGCGUUUUGCGAGGCCGCGGCCGUGUGCCCACCGUGGCGCCUGUGGCCCAAGUUGCAAAUUUUCGCGCAUGAGCCUCUGGCGAGCGAAGCGCUCGUGGAGCGCGUGCUCCGAGACCAUCCGCGCGUUUGGCUCGAUACGACUUGUCUGGUUGCGUAUGUUUAUAUGAUGUCGCCGACGGCCCAGCUCCAGCUUGCCGUGACUGACGACGAAAUCAUCGACACGACCUUGCUCGCCAACGUCACCGACUUGCAUGUGAUCUCCACGGACCCUCAACUGCUUGUGCCCACUGCAGCGCGCUUGGCGAACGCACCCCGCGUUCGCACGCUGCGCCUCGCCGUUGAUAUCGGCGUCGUGCUACAGAACGACGAUCUCCUUGAUGUGCUUUCGGCGAGUCUCUCGCCGUCGCUGGAGUCGCUAGUUUUUCUCUUUGACGGUGACCUUCUCGACGAGCUGAGUGACGUGGUCGUGAUGCGCGUUGCGCAACUCAUCGUGACGUUUCCCGUCUCCAUGGUCCGCUUCUCGAGCGUCCGAACAAGCAACGCCGGGGCACGCACGCUCUUUGAUGCGCUUCGUAACGCACCGAGCCUCGACAAGAUCAACUUCUUAAGCUGCGAUCAGCUUGUGAGUAUGAUCGCGGCGUUUAGCCAGCCGAGAACGUGUCUGCGCUACCACGAACACGACGCCGCAUGCGUCGCAAAGGUUGCGCAGUCGUCCGCCUUUCCAACGAUGAGAGAGUGGUCCAUGUCGACUUCGUACCGGGAGGCGCGCCCAGUGUACGCGUUGCUCCGGGCGAUGCCUCGACUGCACCACAUUUCCGUGAGCUGUGACAGCGACGACGAUGUAUAUAUGUACCCCGUUCUCCUCGCCGAUAUCGCCACGCUACAAAACUUGCGGUCGCUCGCAUUUUCCGCCGAGCGUCUCCUCGGCAACCCAGACCACGCCGCGCAGCUCUUUCUCAUGCUUCGGGAGCUCCCAAAUCUCGCAACACUGCGGCUCAUUUGCGCAGGCACCACGACCGAAGGGGUCAUCGUGCUCGCGGCCGUGCUAUCCCGUCUCCCGCACCUCCACCACAUCGAUUUGUCUGAAAAUUUUCUUGGUGACGCCGCGGUCCCCGUGCUGGAGCACAUCAUUGCGAUGCCGCAGCUCCAGUCGCUCUGGCUCGCCUGCAACGACCUCUCGCCCGAGGCCAAGGCACGACUCGGCCGCUACUUGCAGCAACUGGACCGGUCUCCCUGCCACCUCGCGCUCGACGACUACCAGCAGUCGUUCGUUUGAAUAAUGACGAGCUGCCUGUUGCUUCCUUAAUCGAAGUUGCGUUUGCC